AUGUUAGCAGAAGUGCCCAAGAGAUCGAUUGAUGAGUACCUGAUGUUCUUCAGACAUUGUACUAAGAGGUCUGCAGCGCAGUGGCAGGUGGUGAUUAGAAAGACAUACCCUUGGUUCCAACCUGGAUACCGGCUUUUUGAGAAGGAACCGAAAGAUGAGGUAGCCAGAACUGACUUCAGGAAGAAGUUCCUGAGUGUUACCUUGCCCAGGGAUCUGCCUCAUGGAGGGGGAAAACCUCCAAAUUACCACUUGGGGGCAGAAGUCUAUCACCCUAAUUUCUACGCAAGACAACUUGGCUGCCCCCAACUUAUUCCGCUUAAAUCAUACAGAAGCUGCAAUAAGGGUUCUUCUUGGAGGGAUGCAGAUGAUUUGGAGGUCCACAAGGAUGCAAGGUGUGCAGUAAAUAAGAUCAACAAUAGUGCAGAUGCCCUUUAUCCUUCAUGGGAACCGAAUUCCUGCAGUUCUGCCGAGUUUGACGCUUGGUGGAAGGUUAGAUUCCGUAAUCUGCCUGCUUCUAGUACCGCACUUCAGGUCCUUUUUAAGGGUUGGGACAACUGGACUGUCCACACAGAAGAGGAGACUCACAAAUUCAUGGUGCAGACCAUCAAAGACAUCAAUAUGCAAGUUAUAGAAGAUCCUUCUUUAACAAAGAAUAUUGGUAGCCAAUCUGCCCAGAGUGGAGAGGUGUUUGUCAACUCUAUUAUUGCUGCUGGGGAUCUGGAGCUGCCUUCUGGGGAUGGAGAAGAAGAAGAAGAUCAGGCAGAACAGACUCAUGUUGAGGCCACGUCUUCUGUUAGACAGUUUUUGACUAGAAGUCCCUCUCCUCCCCCUACUAAGUCAAAAAGACUUAGAAAGAGGAUUGUAGAAGAAUAUGUGGCCCCGUUGGGGACUGGAGCAGUUCCCACUGUUACUUCUGACACGAAUGAAGAGCUGAGAGAGGGUUUUGAGGCUAUGGACCAAGAGCAGGAGCUGGAAGACCUGGAAGAAGUAGGAGAUGGGCCUCAGGAGAAGGCCAAGACAGUGGAAGAAGAGGAGGAAAUCCCUGCCGAGGUGAUAGCAGAGAGCAUUGCCUUGGCUCAGAAGCAAUAA